CAAAAAUCAAAAUCCCUAUCCUCUUUUCUUUAGAAAACAGCAACGACGAAACAUACCCUAAAAUCACUGGUCCGCCAAAUUCUGCUUCUUCAGUGCGCAAAAUGCCAAAAUCCCUAGUCUUCUCGUUCAAAAUCCAGUUGAAAGGAAUUGCUUGCCUUACAGAGAUGUUGGUGAAGACGGGGAAACAUCGUGUUUAUCAGUUAGUUUAUUUACUUCUGAAGUUAGCACUGACAUUACCUGUUGCUACCGCCAAGGUUGAAAGAGCUUUUUCAGCCAUGAAAAUUGUGAAGACCGAGUUGCGAAAUCGGAUGGAAGAUGAUUGGAUGAAUGACUGUCUAGUUCCUUAUAUAGAAAGUGAUGUGUUUGAUAGCAUUGAUGAUGAGUUAAUUAUUCAACACUUUCAAAAUAUGCAAGCACACCGAGGACAACUAUAAAAGGUCCGCCACUGAAUCUCACCCACUGAGAUUUUCUUCCUCCGACUCAACUGGACUGCUCAAAGCUUUGUCAAAGCAGCUGUGACUGAUGUGGUUCAAGAAGCGUACUUCACAUUCGUUGAUGAUGCCAAGAAGCAGCAUCCGUUUUCAAGCAUUAGAGUAGUGCUGGACUCGGACCGGGCGGCCCGAACCGGAACCGGCCCGGCCCGGUUACUGUGUGAACCGGCCCGGCCCGGUGGCCCGGUCCACCGGCGGUUCGGGUCGAACCUGUCACGCCCCAGACCUACCGGACACGUCAACAACCC